CUAAUAUCUAUCGUUCAUUAAAGCUCUUGAGCAGUCUCUCAGUUUCAGUUUCAUCCUUAUUUAUUUCAGCACAUUUCUGGAUUAUUCAAGAGUGGAAUGAAUAUUUGCCAUCCGCUUGAGUCGGAGCCGAAAAGGUGUCGCAAUGCCUGUUUGAACAGCAGUCAAUUGUUUGGAUUGGCGGUCGAGUCAUGAAGAGGGAAUGAAGUGAGCGGAGCUCCUUCUCAUUCCGCUUGCUGCGGGCAAUCCAGCUCUGUCCAAUAAGUUUGUGCAGUUUUGAAGUGGGGCGGCUCGGCUCUCGGCUCUUUCUCAGCCAUUGACACCAGAGCUCCGUCCACCUGGGGUCACUUGAAGCAGCAUGGAGAGGUCGGAGAGGGGGGCACAGCCAGAGAAGCAGCAAAAAGGGUUUAAAAAGAGAAUCAGCCGCGUCUUCCACCGCAGCAAGUCGAGCGGCGACCAGGAGGAGGAAGAUCCCCGGGCUAGCAGCAAGGAGCCGGGCAGCCCUCCUGCCUCACAAGUGACCGGCAGCAGGAGGAGAAGCUGGGGAAGCUGGCGACAGAAAAAAAAGUCCGGCGAGCCGUCGGUGCCAUGGACACCUCCACUAUCCCCGCCGGGAGACGACAUAUCUGUCAGAACCAGUGAUUGGAUGCUAGUCGAAGGAGACACACAGGAUUCUGAGGUGGUGUACAACUAUGACCACAUUGUCGACAUUGUUCAAAAUGCAAAGCUGGAAUCCCAAAGCCCCACAAGUCCAAAAAGCCCAACUGGAAAAUCUACAAAGUUUCAGAAUAUUCGUUUUCCAGGCUCUGGAAAGGCAGAAGAGGGCAAAAAGAAGCAAGUGCUUGAUUACCUGGGAGAUUUUUUCAGUUCUACUAGAAGAAAGAGUUCAAAAAAUGCAUCUCCAGCAUCUUUAAGGCAAAACAAUUCUGUGGAGGAAUGUCCUCCCGUGACAAGUGAAUGUUAUUCAGGGGAGACUACGAUUGUGGGGGAAGCUCCUGAUUCAGGAAUAUUGUCAUUUUCAGAAGACCACAGGAGGGAAGGAGUGGUGGAGAUUAAAGCAGCUGACAAAGAUCUAACAGAGAUAUCACAGGGCUCCCCAGAGGAAAGAGGCCUGCUACCAGCUGUUGGUAAUCCAGCGGAGCUGCCUGUGAGUUCAGCUGAAAAAAACAGGUCAACAAGUAAGAAUGUCAUAGUGGUUGAUGUCAAUCUGCAGCACAUCCACAGGGAAGCUGAAAAACAAACUGUGCCUGAGUGCACUGGAGAACAAUUAGCUUCAAAGACUGUUAGUAGUAAUCCAGCAAAGGAAUUUGUAACCACAGUUAUAGGCGAUGUGUCAAAUAUAUUUGAAAGCGUGGUGGUAAAUAAGGAGGAUACUUCAUUAUCUUCAGCCUGUGCAGAUGCAAGUUUGCUCUCAGAUGACAGAAGUGUAAAGGAACAUGAAAUUGGUGAACUUGAUACCUGUUUUAUCAAUGAAAACACACCCCAGAUUGCUAUAAAAACAAAGGGUAGUGAAUUUGUAACUACUAACAGGCUAGCCAAAGGUCAAUAUGAUUGUGAAACUAUUGCUAACUGUGUAGAUAUUCCAGCCAUAAAGGAAUGUGUUUUACCAAUUUCUGAGACUGUGAGGAUUGAACAAGUGGCUGAGAUUAUUGAAACUGAUGUUCAUCCUCCUAAAAUCAAAGAAAUUUCAAAUACAACAGCAUCAGAAGCAUCUGUUUCAUUGCUCAUUAACAAUAUUAGUGUGGAACUAAAAGCUUUGGAAAAUACUUUGAAAAAUGAGGGAACUGUCCAGUUGAACCAUUCUGUGGUUCAAGGAUUUGGAAAGGAAACUGAAAAUUACAAUAUUCCUGAAAAAUUGUGUGAAUCUACCUUGGAAAAGCAACAGAAUUCAUCCAAGAAGGACACAUUCACACCAGAUACUAAAAAAAGCCAGGUUGUGGAGACAGGAGGUGUUCCUCGCAUUGGUGAAAGUGUAGCAAUCUCACAUGACGUUGAACAAUUCACAACAAGUAAUCUAUCAGGAGAAAAUCAGAAUGGUGUAGUGGGACCAGAAUCAAAUACAGAUAAAACAGUUACCAACACUCGCACUGACGUAGUAAGUUGUAAAAACACGGCUGAAAAGUCAAGUGAUUUGUUUUCAAGUUUAAAAACCGAUUUGAAUUCAGCACUAGAGUCUAUUGAAAUGGAUAAGAAAUCUCCUUCAGAAUCCAAACGUGGUAAAAGAAAGGGAAGGAAGAGGCGGUCCUUGAAAUCUAAUCAGCAGUCUGAUAGAGAAAUUGGGAAUGCAGAUACUAACACAGUUGAAGAGGAAUUGAAAGAAAUAGCUUCCAAUAAGCAGUCCUCUGAGGUUCCAGUUAAAACUGCUUCCUCACCGGAACAAAGCAUCCCUCUUUUGGUCCCUCAUCAAACAUUGCCAAAGUCUCUUCCAUCCAGUGAAAAGUCUGCACAAGACAUAUCCAAGCCAAUUACAUCAAGGAAAAAGAACUCGCAACAGGAGCCUUGCAGCCCAGCUUCAGGUGACAAAAUACAGUCCCCAGUGAAAUGUUCUUUGGAAAAGGCAUCAAACCCAGAGACUGGGUUCAGUGGUUCUGAAACUUUCACAGCGACACACAGCAGCACUUCACGUUCUGGUCAAAAAGUGGAAAAACAUAUUGCUUCAGAAAACUCUGAUACUAACUUUGUUGUUGCAAGUAUUGGAGCUGUUGACGAUUCUGCAAGUAAUAAGGAUUUCAUUUUUUCUUUAUACUGUGCAACUACUGAUGAGCUAGAUGAAAAAAUGGUUGCUUUAGAUUCUGCAGAUCAGAACAAUGCUAUUGCUUCAGUUAGCCAAAAAUGUAAUCAGCAAAACAUGGGAAGCUCCAUUACAUACAGUCAGAUGGAGCAAGAAUCUAGUGCUGACUCUGGAAGACUGAAAACUCUGGAAAUUAAUGACUUAGAAGGAGAAAGUCACGACCAUCAUGUAAUUACUUCACAACUAUGUUCCACGGUGACCACAAGAAUAAGACUUCCAUCAGCUGAAAAGGAAGGUGCAUUUGGCACCUUGAUUGCUUUGAAUCAUCAAGGAAUCUGUGCUGACAUUAGAACCGAGGAGGAAGAGACAAUUAGAAUUACUCUGCCUACAAAAAAGAAAGCUACAAGUCACCACCAAGUUGACUUUUUUGCCACCAAGGACCUGCCAUUAGCCUCGACCGGGAAUAAAAAGUACGUUGGUAGCCUAAAGAUUCAACUACACAACAAACCUGCCAAUCAAGCAGAACCUCCUGCAACUAAAAUUGACAAAAAGCAACCAAGCACUCCCACGCAUGCUGAAGCAUCUGGAGGUGUAAGUGAUGACGUGAGACAUAAAGCAGAUGAAAUUUUAAAAGUGACCAUUGUGAACGAUGGUGAUACAAAGCACAUUUCUGCAGAAGAACACAAAAACAAAGAAAUGAACAUUACAAGUGCCCCUGUUGAAAAGACACCUUUAAAAACAUUUCCUGAUGCACAAACUGAUAGACCAGAAGAAAAUAGUUCACUUGGAAUUGCUUUUUCAGUAUUGCGUUCAAACACUGAUGUGACUGAUCAAUCACUUUCUAUGUAUAUGCAUACAUCUGAAAUAAGUUUAUCUGAAACUGAUGCCCCUACAAAGGGUGUUAAAGAGCACAAGGCCGACUUAGUUGCAGCCGCCAGUGAUCUUGUCCUGCCUGUGCCAUUGACUGGAGUAGGAGUGCAAAGUAGAGAAAUGGAAAAUAAGACCUUGUUAGCUCUAAAUGUACUGAAUUUUGAAACCACAGAGCCUGAAAUUCAGAAGGGUGCCCCUACAAAGAGUGUUAAUGAGAAAAAGAUGAUGCAAGGUGAGGCAAAAGAUGAGCCUGCCCAGCCUGUUCAGCAAAAUACACCCAAUGUAGAAAAUCAAAACAUUGAAGUUAAGGACACAUUACCUCAGAAAGUUCAAACAUCUGCAACUAAAGUGUCUGGUAUUAAAGACACGAAUGUGAACCAAAAGGGUAGACAAAGUGCUGCAAUAGUUGAAGCUGCAGAACAAAGUCCGUCAAAACCUCAACCUAGAGACACAAAGGAUGCAGAUUCAUCUGAGAGCAUACAAAUGCCUGUAGCAAUGCCUGAAAUUGAGAAAGAAGUGCCUGCAAAGGGCAAGCAGUUACCUGACUCAGGUGCAGGAAAAGGUGAGCCUGCUCAGGAAAGUUCACCAAUGUUGCAAGUUAGUGAUACAGAGGCCAAAGUAUAUGACAUACCAGUUUGUGCAGACCCAGCUACCACAGUGUCUGAAAUUAGGAAAAGUGUCACUGAAAAUGUUGCUAGUGACACAGUGACUGGCUCCAAUGUAACAAGAGGAGAGCAAAAUAAGUCUGUAUUGGAAAAUAGAGACUUUGAAGAGGCAACCUUGCUCCAGAGCAUAGAAACAUCAAGGAACACUGGGUCUAAAAUGGAAAGAGAUUUUUCUACAACUGCUGCUUUUGAGGAAAAGGGUGGCUUAGAGAAUGCUAUAAGCAACUUUGGUCUACCUGCCUUGUCAAGCACACCUGAAGUGCAGCGUAAAGAGUUCGAACUGAAGAGAGCAGUGUCAGCUUCAAGUGUAGAGGCACCUGCAGAAAACCUAUCCAGAAUAAAAGAUUCCCAAAUGGCAAAUUCUACUGCAAAACAUUCAGAGCCUGGUGCAGCAACAAAUGAAUUUUCCCUGUUUGUCCAGAACAUAAAAGCAUCACAACUAAGGGAAGCUAUAGUCAAAGAAGCUUCUCUGGUUGAUGAUACCUGGACAAUUAAAGCAGUAGUUGACCCAAAUGUAGACUUGGAUUCAUCAGCAGAUGGCUUUUCACCAUCUAUAGAACAAACAACCUCAAAAUCCGGGGAGGGAAAUGAACUGAAUGAUUCAUUCAAUGAAGGCCGUAGCUUCGACAGCUCUUCUGAUAUGGAAAGCUUCACAGAAACAAUUCGUAAAUAUGGGAAUCCCAUUCAUCGGCCCCAAAAGAGGCAGCGAGUUCCUAAAGCACCUUUUGUGCCACCAUUUGUCAUGCCACCAAUUCAGGAAGACCAUACAUCAUCAAGAAAGGAGAAAACAUUUGAUCCAAGUUCAUUCAAAUGUGGUUUAAUGAAAAGCAAUAGGUAUACAAGCAAAGCACCUUCAUCUCUCCUCAAAAUGCAACAAAUUGAAACAAAGUCUAAAGUAGUCAAACGUGUGUCUGCAGAACAGAGCUUGCUUUUUAAAUCUCUGACAAAUAAAAGCUCACGUUUGCGUUUUGCAAACCAGGAGAAUGCAGAAAAUGAUCAUGCUUCUGCAUCGGGCAGUAAAAGGUCACGUUUGGAGGUUGAUCAGAUGCUUACCCAAACAACCAAGCCACCAGCUGAACCUGUGAUAGAACCCACUAAUCUCACACCAUCAUUACCGAGAAGUGAUGUCCUUGAACAGUUUCAAUUUGAUUUGUCAAACCCAACCUUUCCAAAGACCCUGUUGCCAAGCUUUAUGGAAAGUAAUUUGAAAUCUAAUACCUCUGAAAUGGAAAAGAAACCUGAUAACUUGGAAAAGCAGUCAGAAAAUGGAUUAACCAUCCCUGACUUGAAGCUAAACCUCUUGGAAAUUAAUACAGAUUUUGGGGGGAUUACAAACACUUGUGCACUUGACAGUACACCAACAUUCCAAGGAUCAAGCACUAUAGAUGGCAAUCAAAAUUCCCUAAGCUUAUUUAAUGCUGAUUUGUUCACUCCCAAUUCAGUAUUGCCUAAUCUACCAGAAUCUGAGAUACCUGGAAUGAGAGACUUAAAAUUAAAUUCUAGACCUGGAAAGAUUGCAAUUUACAAUCAGCGCAAUCUUUGUGGAGAAGCUAUUGAAGUCUUUCAUGAUGUUAAGGAUGCUACAUCCUGGAAGCUGGGCCCUGAAAUUUCCAUCAGGGUAGUAAGAGGCUGUUGGCUUAUUUAUCAAAAGCCUAACUUUGAAGGUGAUAAAAUUGCUUUGGAGGAAGGUAUGCUGGAGCUUUCAGAUAUUUGGGGAAAGGAGAUAGCUGAAGACAGUUGUGAUGAUGCACUCAUCUCUACCCCUAAAGAAUCUCUUAUUGGCUCUAUAAGAAGAACAGUCAAAAAGUGGGGUUUACCAGAAAUAGAUUUAUGUUCGGAACUACAUGGUUUGGGAAGGAAAACAACAUAUGUUGAUGAUAUGGAAGAAAUACAGAUAUAUGGGAUUCUGGAGCCAGUGUUAUCCCUUGAAGUAUUUUCGGGCACUUGGCUUCUGUUUGAAGAACCCUUUUAUCAAGGAAAUUCUUACAUUGUGGAAUAUGGUCAGUAUCCUUGUCCAGAAUCUUGGGGUGCAACGGAUCCAUUCAUUGGCUCGCUCAGACCAUUGAAAAUGGGUACAUUAAAAGUGGAAAAGUUGAAGGACAACAAAGCUAUUGUGUAUGAAAAGCCUUUCUUUGAAGGAAAAUGGCUGGAACUUAAAACAUAUGUAUCUACCUUUGUUGGAGGAGAUGAAGAAACAGAUUUGUGCCACGCUUAUCCAUUCACAAAUGUUGGCUCGAUGAAAGUUUUAGGAGGAUUCUGGGUUGGUUAUGAGAAGCCAGGGUUUCAAGGCCAUCAGUAUGUACUAGAAGAAGGAGAAUAUCAAGAAUGGAAUGACUGGGGAGGCUAUGAUGAGCAUCUUCAAUCUUUGCGGUUAAUCCAAAUUAACUUGACACCUCCACUCAUGAUAAUGUACAAUGAAACAAACUUUUCUGAGAAAAGUAGAAAUAUUGAAGUACUAGGGCCUGUUCCAGACUUGCAAGAUACUGAUUAUGGAUUGAGAACGGGGUCAAUCAAUGUGCUCAGUGGAACGUGGGUUGCAUAUGAGAAUACCAACUUCACAGGAGAACAGUACGUUCUGGAGAAAGGGUUGUACAGCAGCUAUGAAGACUGGGGAGCAACGAGUUUUAAGAUCUCCUCCAUUCAACCUGUUCUGUUGGAUAUGGUGGACAGCGAACUAUCUACGUUUAAGGUGCAAUUUUUUUCGGAGCCUGAAUUUCAAGGAAGUGCACAAGUCUUCAACAUGGACACCGCCCAAUUUCCAGCUGGUUUUUCACCCAAGUCCUGCAAAGUUCAAUCUGGCAGCUGGGUGGCUUACGAUGCAGAGAAUUUCAUUGGUAAUCAGUAUAUACUUGAGGAGGAAAUUUAUUCUGAUUUGAUGAUGCUAGGAUGUGCAAAUGAUGUCUGUAUCAAAUCUGUGAAGAAAAUAGGCUUUUGCUUCUCCAUUCCAGGAAUAAUUCUCUUUGCUCGGGAGAAAUUUGAGGGAAAGAAAAUUGAACUGGAUUCAGAAGUCCGGAACCUGGCAUUACAGGGAUACAAUAGUCACAUUUUUUCUGUCAAAGUUAAUGGUGGCACAUGGGUUGCUUAUGAAUGCAGUAACUACAAAGGACGUCAGAUUUUGCUACAGCCAUGUCAGAUACCCAACUGGCACCAGCACACUGGAUGGCACAGGAUUGGUUCUCUGCGCCCUGUGAUUCAGGGUAGAGUGUAUUUUAGGGUACGAAACAGAGGUACUGGAGCAUUCAUGACAUUUGCUGGAGAACUGAAUGAAAUCAACAUGAUACGAGUGCAAGCUUUAGAAAGCACAGGACUGGAUGACCAAAUCUGGUUUUACCAGGAUGGAUUUAUCAAAUCCAAGAUGGCAGAAGAUUGCUGCUUGGAUGUAAUUGGAAGCUUUAUUGGUCCAAAUUCGAGAUUAGGAAUUUCGGUAGAGGACAGUAAAGAUAUACAUUCCUGGAACAUCAGUUCAGAUGGAGUCAUAUUGAGUUGGAUAAGGACUGACCUAGUUAUUGAUAUAAAAGGUGGUCAGCAUUACGACCAGAAUCAAACCAUUCUCAACAGAUUUGACGAGGUUCAGCCAACACAAAGAUGGGACUUGGAAAUCCUUUGAUUCUUUCUUGGCGGAAACAGGAAAUGAAACACUUGAGGCACUUUUGAAAUUUUACUCUCAGUAGUGCAAUGUCACACUUUUAAGUGAACUCCAGAAAUAGAAUAUUGGAAGUCAGGGCAAGAUUGAUGGAAAAAUCGUCUCAAUUAAAUGUUUAUUUCUAAUUAACUAUUACUCAUUCUAUGCAACAUAAUCAGGUCAGAGGUAGAGUCUCAUGCCUUUAUCAUUUUUCAAGAUCAGUUAAUGUAUUGGCAGCAAACCUGGCUGUUGCUGUUUCAGUGUCUAAAUGAGAAAAUCUCAUGCCUGGUGCAAAUGCUUUGAAACCCUAUUUUUAAAAAACGUUGUAUUUAUAAUUGACAAACACUGUGCUUGCUCACUGGUUUUAUUGAACACUGGAAGUUUGGUUUAGUAUUUGGGUUUAAUAUCCUCUAUUGCAAGUGAUGCAAUGCAUUAGAAUUGUAGAAGUAUUUUUUCCUCACAAAAAUGAAACUGGCCCAACACUUGUGUGUGGUAUAAUUGCUGUACAUGUCAGGCAAUUCAUAUCAGUUUCCAUUCAUUUCAAAGGAGUUACCCACAGAGUGAAACAAAUAAGAUUGUGAUAAUUAACGUAAAUGUAACAUUUCAACAUAUUGAAUGUUUUGUUACUCUCACUCUGAGGGUAAUAAGAUAAACUAUUGGUUAACAGGUUCUUGUGUUAUAACACCCAGACAUCCUUGGCUACACAUGCUGAAAUACUUCAUGUAGCAACCAAAGUGCAGUUGUCUCCCAGUUUGUUCCAAACAAUAAAGUGCUGAACAUCUAGUUGUCAGCCGAGGUGGAAAUAAGACUCUAUGAAACUGUGAUAACAAUGGUGUUCUCUACUUUUAAAUAAAUUAAAUGGAAGUCAAUUCAUUUUAGUUUCAAGAGCAACGUAAGAGCUAUCUUUCUUGCUCCCUGAUGGAGGUGCUGAUUUUCAGAGGUUUGAAUUACUGCCAGUACGUUUCGUGUUCACAUUGUUAACCUGUUCUACAUAGUUCCAAACUUAAAUAACACAAAGAUUUUUAAAAAUGAAAAAUUCCAAAUCAACUACCCGACAACAAAUCCCACUGAAGAUGAUUUACUACAGUGGCUUUGUAUCACUUAUGCUUGUGUAGCUACUGGCAGGCCCAGGAAUUGCUUUUAUGAUAGUGAGUUAGCAACUGUUUAUAAAUGAUGGUUUUUUGAUAAUUGCUUCAAAGAUUGUAAGUGCACAGUUUGUAACAAUUUGUAUCUUGAGAAUUUUAUAACCUUAUAAUUGAUCAUGAAACGUAUACACACCUUCUAAUGUCUAACGGAGGCCUUUCUGGUAGCUUGAGUAAUGGGAAUAAUUUGAGAACUGCACCAAAGUAGUUGUAUUGUUUUACACUGUCAGGUUUUAUGUUGGCUUACUUUACCUAUGUUGUCCUCAUUCCUUGCUUUCAUCACCUGAACUAUUGUAACGCAAGUUUUUGACCUAAAAUUGGAUGAUUUUUUUUGUUUAACCAUCUUAUCUACAGUUGUUUUAAUGCAUCUGAAUGGUGGGACAUGAUUAUUUUAUCUUCAGCAGUAGCAGUUUGACUGUAUUCAUUCAAGAUCUUGAACCGUAUAUUGUGAAAACUUUACUAAAUAAAAUGUAUGACAUUUUGAA